AUGAAGUCACAAGAAGACCAAAAACACAUUGAGGAACUCCAAGGUGAUAUUAAGAGAGGAAAGGAAGACUUGAGCAAGUUAACCACUGAGUACAAAUUACUUGAAGCUGAUAAUCAAAGACUUCAAGAUGAAAUUACUGAGCACAAAGCGACUAUUGUUAAGAGGGAUAGUAAGCUAGUGGCCGAAGAAGACAAUUCAAAGGAUCUCGAGAAACAAUUGCACGAGAAGGAAGACGACAUUGCUUAUUUAGAGAAUGAGAAGCAAUCUGUUGAAGACGCUUCUAAGAUUGAGAAUUAUGAAUCACAGAUUAAAGCACUUGAAGCACAAAAGAAGAUGGCAUUGGACGACAAAGCGGAGGCUGAGAAGACUGCCGCGGACCAAUCUGAUAGAAGAAAGAAGAUGGAAGACCAAGUCAAAGCACUCAAUGCACAA